AUGGCCGACAUGGAGAAGAAAGACCUAGAAGGCCUUGACCAGGACCUUCAGAAUGUGCCUGUAAUGGCCCAUGAUGAUGUCUUUGGAGAAAUUACAGAGGGUGGUCCCAACUAUCGCAACGUAGGCUGGGCUGGCACAGUGGUUCUCAUGAUGAAGAGUCAGAUUGGUCUGGGUGUACUAUCCAUUCCUAGCGCUUUCGACACAUUAGGCCUCGUCCCUGGAGUGAUAUGUUUGCUCGCAGUUGCUGUCAUCACAACCUGGUCCGACUAUAUGGUCGGUGUUUUCAAACUGAAGCACCGUGAAGUCUACAGUAUCGACGAUGCUGGUGGUCUGAUGUUCGGUCCAAUUGGCCGUGAAGUCUUUGGCUUUGUAUUCUGUCUAUAUUGGAUCUUCGUCGCCGGUUCUGGAAUGCUCGGUCUUUCAAUCGCCCUCAAUUCAGUCUCGACUCAUGCCACCUGUACUGCCGUCUUUGUCGCUAUCUCAGCUAUUGCCGGAAUUGGAUUCGCCAGUAUCCGCACACUCGGCCGUAUUAGUUGGCUCGCUUGGGUUGGUCUCAUUGCCAUCAUCACAGCAAUCAUGAUCGUGACUAUCGCCGUCGGCGUCCAGGACCGUCCAGCUUCCGCCCCCCAAGUAGGACACUGGCAAUCCGACUACAAAAUCGUUGCCAACCCUACAUUUGCCGAAGCCGUUUCCGCCAUUUCCUCUAUGAUCUUUGCCUACGCCGGUACACCCGCCUUUUUCUCCGUCGUCUCCGAGAUGCGUGAGCCGCGCUACUAUACUCGCUCCAUGAUCAUCUGCCAGAGCGCCGUGACAGCCGUCUACAUCACCAUCGGUGUUGUAGUAUACUACUACUGCGGUUCAUAUGUCGCCUCACCCGCUCUUGGCUCCGCAGGUGCCACGAUGAAGAAGGUCAGCUACGGAUUUGCCAUUCCCGGUCUCUUGGUUUCGACGAUGCUUUUCAUUCAUCUCCCCGGGAAGUACAUCUUCGUCCGCGCCCUCCGUGGCUCAAAGCACCUCACUUCCAACGGCAUCGUCCACUGGAGCGCCUGGAUCGGGUGCGUAACCGGUGUCGGAUUGAUCUCUUACAUAAUUGCCAGCGCCAUCCCCGUCUUCGACAGCCUUGUUUCCCUGAUUGGUGCUUUGCUUGGUACAUUCAUGUGUUUCCAGCCUAUGGGAUGCAUGUGGCUGUAUGAUAACUGGGGCAAGGGGAAGACCGAGAGAUCGCCCAGGUGGACUGCUAUGGUCUGCUGGAGUGGUUUUGUUAUUAUUAUCGGUACAUUUAUGAUGGUUGCCGGUACUUAUGGCUCGGUUGUUAGCAUUAUUGACAGCUAUAAUGCUUCCGGGGGGUCGAGUGCUUGGUCUUGUGCCGAUAACUCGAAUUCUACUUAG